UAUUUACGUUUACGUGCUGCUAAUGCUUUAAUAAAAUUCUUGUUUUUGUGCAAAAAUGAGUGCAAAUUUAUUGGAAUUAAAUGUGGACACGCUGUUUGAGCAGCACAGUGUGUCCGAAAUCGAUGCGGUGCAGAAAAAGAUACAAAUGGUAGUUGAGAACAAACGCGAAGAGCUACGCACUAUGGUUGGUGAACGCUAUCGCGAUUUGCUAAAGGCAGCAGAUACCAUAGCCGCCAUGCAAAGCUCUGCCGGCACACUCAUCGAGCAGGUGCACUGCAUCCAGUCAAAUUGCCGCAGUCUCAACGAGCAGCAGCUGUUGGGCUUCAAGACAACGCCCGUGGCAUGCGAGGCAGACAUCUUGUUGCAGCAGCGCACUGCCAGCAAGCAAUUAAACAAUUACUACAGCACCAUGGUGCAGAUAAAACUGCUGACCAGCCUGCCGGAGCUCAUUUGGACGCACAUUGAUCAGGAGCAGUUUUACGCUGCCACAGAGCUGUUCAUAUUCAGUCGCCACAUUAGCACUGGCCUGCAGCUGGAUGCCAAGAAUGCGCUAAUGCAACGUCUGCCUGUGGCUCACAAGCAAUGGGAAAUACUGCGUCCAUUCCAUUUGACCAUAAAGCAUGCAGUGCUGAAUGUGCUGGAGCGUGAGCAGCUCAGCGCUGAGGUGGCUGUGGAUUGCAUGCAGAGUCUGUUGCUGCUGGAAAAAUGUGACUUGCAUCAUGUGUUGCAAACGUUCUUGCAACUUCGUGCUACGGCCUUUGUGCGUUGCCUUCAAAGCCAAAGCAGCGAUGCGGAGGCGAAGAAGUCAAGGCGGGUAAAAGAGCGCAUCUUGGCUAGCUUGCAUAUACUAAACGGCACCAUUGAGCUAAUGGACAAGUGUUUGCUAUCAAAUGGUUUGCUCUUUGAAAGGAUUGAGCAGUGCAGUGCAGCAACAACUCCACCCAGCAUUAGUCGCAUGGAUAUAAGCGAACGUCAGCUGGCACAUCUGUUACCCGAUAUUAUAGCCAAUUAUAGGCCGCAGUUUGACAAGCCGCAGCUGGCAGCGCAACAAAUAUCGGACGCUUUGCUUGCUUGGCUACGCAAGAUUGAUACGCUGGCGGCCAAGGAACUGGAGCAGAUCUUUUCGCUGGUGAGCAGCAUGCAAACCAUACAGGACAUUAAGUCAGCAGCUGCAGCCACAGCGCAGUCCAGCUAUGCAGAACUGGAGCAGCAACUGCAGCUAAAGUCGACGCAAUUAAAUUUCUAUAAGCACAAGUAUGUGCCGUUGAUCAAUGCGCGUGUGCGUGAAAUCAUACGCAGCAGCUGGGCUGCGGCUAUGCAGCAUACCUAUGAGCUGGUUGUACAGUUGGUGCAGUCCAGUCAUAGCCAGGAGCCAGCUCCAUUGCAAAUAUGGCGUGAGCAGAACGAAGAUCUGCCGUUGAGUCUGGCAGCGGCUUUGAGCGAGCAACCAAAGCGUUUAGCUAAUCGCACCAAAGGCUACAGCACAGCAACAAUUGAGCUAUGCGCAGAGUUUGACAAGCAGCUGGCGCAGAUUGUGCAGGAGUUGAAUGUGCUGCUGCAGGAGCAAUCGACGCGCGCUGAGCACAAACUGGCGCUGAUUAACUUUCUACGCGAAACAGCGCAGCAGCAGAUGAUGGAUUAUGUGAGCAAGCUGAAAACGCUGCAGCUGCAAGAGCGCCAAGCGCUGUUGCAAGCGCUGCGUUGCACGCUGGCGCUGAUAGAGCUGUGUCCCAGCCUGAAGCUGUGCUUCUGCCAACCCAGCAGCUGGCGUCAGUGGGCAGGCAACUUGACUGCAGCUGGUGCUGAGCAUUGGCAGCGUCUAUGUGCGCUCAUCGAAGAGGAAAUGUUGCGCCUGUGGCUGCUGAUCGUAGACGAUGUACUGAGCACGCAUAAUUGCGAUGAUAAGCUGCCCAAGGGCAUAACACACAAUAUGGUGUUGCAGGACUUUGCACUAUGGCAUACGCAAACGCUGGAGCAGCAGGACGAGGAGCAGCAACAGAGCGUGCAAAGCAGCAUUAGGAUACCCAGCCAGCCACGUUUAUCGCUACAAACUUAUCUGCAUCAGUUGAUACAAGCGCUGAACGUUGCCGUGCCGCAAACUUUGCCCUCCAAGGUGUUGCAUGCCUUUAAUCAAAAGCUGCUGACACAGCUGCUGGCGCACUACGAACUGCUCGCUGCUGCGGACUGCACCAAGUCCAGUCAAAAUAUCGCGCUGCAGCUGUACUUUGAUCUAAAGUUUCUGGAGCGCGUCUUUAGCGUUACACGCGAGGAGCGACAACUGUAUGAACAAUUCCAUGCGCUGCAGCGCAGGCUGCGUGACUUUAUAGAUCCCUUUGACUUUGAGCUGUUUGCCGAGCAUAUUAAUCAGCAUGUGGCACGUUCAGCGGCGCGGCUGCAUGGCGAGCUGGGUGUGCUCACAGCCAUGCCGGCUAAUCUACCAGGCGGCGUUGCAAAUGCUACGCUCGCACAUGAGGCGGAUCCAAAUGUCUUAUGUCUAAGCUCCUCAGGCUCCACCUCGCUUUGGUUUCCUUUGCUGCCCAUUGUUACAGCUCAGUCAACGCCGCUGCACAGCGAGCGCAAGUCGCUGACCACUGCAAGUGAAAAGGCCAUGACUCCCACACGUAAAGCGCCAACAACACGUAAAACCGAAUCCAGCUCCAGCUCCAGCAACAGCAGCAGCAAAUCGAAGUCGAGUGCCGCCUCAUUCUUUGGCAUGUCCCAGGAGUGGUUUCGAUAGAGCCAACAGACACCACCUCCCUCUCCUCAGCUGUAGAUGAACUUAAUGAAGUGUUGGCCAACAGUGAAGUGCGCGAAAUGUUCGCGUUCAGCCAACUGUAAGCAGAAGCCAAAGGAAGAAGAAGGAUGCGCCGCACCAUGUGUAGUCAGUUGUAUAAUGACUGGCAGACAGACGAAAGUCCGAGGUAGUCAUUAAUUGUGUGUUAACUGUUAAACGAGCAUUCAAAAUGUUUAAUUUAAACUGCUGCUGCUGCUGCUGCUACAACUUCAACUGUAAAUUAUUGUAUUUAUUUAAACUUAAAAUAUAUAACUAUGCUUAGCAAUUGCAGUAAACUAAGAUUUGUAAUUUAAUACGCUUUAUAACAAUGCAGCUUGGCUUCUACUUUUUGCCACCUUUCUUGCCACCACCACCACCACCGCCGCCGCCGCCGGCUGACUUUUGCUCUUGUCCUUUCUUGGCGUUGCCUUUGUCAGCGGCUGCUUUAUUCUGGUUGCCACCUGCUGCGCCACCA